UGUUUCAUUAAAAACAGAACUAAACCACAAUGAGUUCAUCUCCAAUUUUAAAAUGUCUUGAGAAGCAUGUAUGUUCAAUUUGCUCUAGAAUCCUCCAGUCUCAUCGAGGACUUCUUCUUCACAUACACAAAGUUCACAGAAUGGACAAAACUGAUGGUUACAAGGAGAAAAAAGUGCGGUGUCAAGAGAUGGGGUGUGAUUUCAAGUGUUUCCAACUGUCGCAACUUCGUGAACACUUGUCCCAGUGCCAUGGUCAUUCCUUCACCGAGAUAGUUAUUGAAUUUGAAAAUUCGGCGAAAUUCGAUAAUUUUUUGAAAAAAUUUGAACGUGAGAAUAACGUGGAAUUUUGCAUCAAUACUGCCAAUUUCAAUCAGAAAUCUAAAGUGGUUUAUUAUCGCUGUAAUAGGUCAGGUUUCUAUAGAGUAUCCAAGCAAACAGUUCAGCGGCGUACAAAAAAUCAAGGCUCGUGUAAAAUCGAAGGUCAUUGCACAGCCUAUGUCAAAACUAAAGAGUUGUUUGCAACCGGCCGAGUGAUGAUGCACUUGUGUAACUCUCAUUAUGGUCACGACUUACAACUUGUUCAUCUCAGAGUUCCGAAAGCAGAUAAACAAAUUAUAUCCAGUAAACUAAAUACUGGAAUGAACUUCAGUGAAAUAAUUGAAGAUGUUCUAGGAAACAAACCUGAUUCUGCUCAGCGUACAAAUUUGAUCAAGUCUAAAGACGUCUACAACGUGAUGAUGAAGGUGAAGCGUAAACAGGCGUCGUCUCUUGCCAGCGACUUGCCGCCAAUCAUUCCUAGAUUAGAAAAAAUCUCCAAAAUCAAACUACCCGAGAAAGAAAUAGAUAGCAUUAGUCAUCUGCCGCCGAUUGCUGUACAAUCUGAAGUCCGAAACUCUGAUGCCAGUAAAAGAUCACUAGAACGCGUACGAGAGAAAGUCUUGGAAAACUUCCAUGCUGUCAUUGAUCGACUAGCUUCUUCUUCGGACGAAAGGCAAUUAUAUGAAUUUAGGGCGAUUUCUGAAAACUUGUUGUCAAGGUUACCAAUUGUGGACGGAUUCCCUGUUAAUGAUGACAUGGAAGCCAGUGCAUCAGAGGGUAUAAUUACACUUACAUUCAACAAUGAUCAAGCUCAAGACGUACGGCAUUCUAACCAUAUCCUUCAAACUCCGUCAUUUUCUAGUGAAGCCAUAAAUACGGAAAUUUUAAGGCAUUCAUCAUCUGUUGAAAAGAACUCGAAGAGAAUCUAUUCCUCUUUUGCUUCUCCCGAAGCAUCUUCAGUGGAGACAAUCGUGUUGAAUUCAUAUAAUCCAGCUCCUCAUGUCUCGUGCGGCUUCAUUCCUAUAGAAAUAACCGAAAUGGACACGUGUUCUCCUGGUGUGCUUGAAGCCUCUGGUGAAGCUUUUAAUGCAUCGGCGUCUUCAACUCAUACUGUAGAUAUGGACGCAGUGUGUAGCUCUGCAUUGUCAUGUUCUGGGCCUACAGACGCUACUCAGAACAAGUCUUCUGUAACUACUGACGCUGGCUCGAACAUUCCCUCUCAUGGUUAUGUUUUAAUGCCUUCAUUUGAACCUGAGAAUGGAGACAUGCCCCGAGUGUUGGACCGAGCGUUCACAACUUUCAGUAGAGACGGAGAAACAUGCUUCGUUCAUGUCGGCAAUGAGUUCGAUGAUAGGGAUAUUAAGAUUGUCAUUGCGUAAAGUUUUGACCCAUUGAUAAAUUUUGGAGAGACUUGGGUGGUAUUGCGCAAGUGUUAGUGAGAAAUUGCAAGUUUCUUUAGUGUCAUCUGUAACUUUAGUUGAAAUCGAAAAUUUAACAUUUUUGUUUACGUGGAUGUUUAUUUUGGUCGUGGCUUGUUAGAAUACAACCUCUCUUUGGAAAUCUAUGUACGUUGUCCGUGGUGAAGCAAAUGAAAGUUAUCGAAUGCAGAUUCGCAAUUUUAUGGAAGCCUCUCAGAUGAAUAUUUUAUUAUUGUCUCAGUGUUGCCCAUGUUUUAUGUGCGAGUCGUUGUAAGUUAUGAAGGCUGUCAACAAUGACAUUGUUAUUUCUCCUCAGGUGUUCGCUCACAACAAAUUACAGCUUUUAUUCUUCUAAUAGGCUAUGUAAUAGUUCUCUGACUUGAAAAAUGUCGUUUUUUUAUGCGCUGCUAUAUUAGUGUGAAGCUCUCUUUUAUUUUUGCAGGUCAAUUUUGUAUUAGUUAACUUUGCUUCAUGAAAGUUUUCUGGCUUCGUAUAUAGAAAGUUGAGAUUCGGAAGUGGUAAGAUGUAUAUGCUUGAAUACAUGUUUGGUGGAAGCUGGUCUGAAUAAGAGUGUAGUCGGUAUUAUUGCAGUUGCGCCGACUGUACUUCUCCAAGUUUUGAACUCCUAUUUGUAGUCAUUGAUUUAGAGGCUAUUGAUUUUAUUUCGUUUCUUGCCUGGUGAAUAUUAAAACUUUUUCUGUGAAGUUUCUAGUACUUUUUUAAUUGUUUUUCUAAAUCUACGUUUCGAGUAAAAUCUAAGACUUUUCAAUUAUCCAGUCACUGCUUUAUAGUAAAUUAUUAUAAUCAAAAUUAAAAUUAGAUAAUAUAAAGGUGAACUACUGCUCUUUUUUAAUAGUUCUAUUGUAAUUUACGAGGAGCAAAACGGUG